AUGUGCACCAAGAAGCAAUACUUCUUCACCCUCUGCGGCCACACCGAAUGGUGCGAGUCGCAGUGUCAGACCAAGAUGAAGCGCACCCUGAUGGACCCCAAGGACAAAGAUUACCCCCCGCCUUGCGUCCCCGUUACGGAGUUCAGCGACCCCAUCAGGCUGGUGGGCAAAUGCAGCACUUGCCGCCCCAGUGCUCCCAUUGCUCCCAGUGCUACCAGUGCUACCAGUGCUACCAGUGCUACCAGUGCUACCAGUGCUACCAGGACGCGAGUGAUGGAAGUUUGCCGACUAAGGCUGGUUGUGGAAGAACCAGACUAG